GAUUAAGAUGAGAGGUUUAGGAGCAAACAAGCUGCUUUUCAUUGUUUGAUGGCACUGCCGUGGAGCAACACCAUGAGAGCCGCCUGCUGCUUUCUUCUCUGCGCACUUCUAGUCCUGCAAAGUGAAGCAUUGCGUUGCUUUACCUGCGUGGGGUCCAGCGAUGAGGACUGCAACCAGCAGGGAUCCCAGCAGUGUCCCAGCUACUCCGACGCCUGCGCCAUCAUCAGAGGACAAGCCAGCGGCGUCAUGAAGUCGUGCUCGUACAGGUCGUUCUGUGAGCAGGCCCAGAGGGAGGGCUCCAAGGCACCAGGGGUCCGGGUCCAGUGCUGUUUCUCAGAUGACUGCAACAGCAAGAGCCGGGCUGUCAGUCACAUGCUCGGUACCAGCUUCCUCCCCCUCCUGGCACUGCUGGUACUGCGGUGCCUGCUCUUCUGAGCCCACAGCUCCUCUCCAUUCACUUCACAAAUCUUUUUGAUUAUAUUUUAGCUAUAGCUAGAAUAUAUUUUCUUGGCCCUGCUAUUUAUUAUAUAUAUAUAUAUAUAUGAGAUAUAUUCUGAACUAUAUCCUUCACACAUUUUUAGUUUGUGUUUAGAAUAUGUUUAAAAUAAAUAAAAUGUAUAGUUAUUUCAGAUGCAUUUUAGAGAUACAACUAUGAUUGAUAUCCUUUUUAAAAGGAUGUCACAUCAAAUGUAACAAUGAAAAACUGAUGUUAAAAGUAAAGCACUUUGUUCAAAUGCAAUACAGCAGUGGGCAGCAGUGUGGAGUAGUGGUUAGGGCUCAGGGCUCUGGACUCUUGACCGGAGGGUCAUGGGUUCAAUCCCCGAUGGGGACACUGCUGCUGUACCCUUGAGCAAGGUACUUUACCUAGAUUGCUCCAGUAAAAACCCAACUGUAUAAAUGGGUAAUUGUAUGUAAAAAUAAUGUGAUAUCUUGUAAGUCGCCCUGGAUAAGGGCGUCUGCUAAGAAAUAAAUUAUUAUUAUUAAAUUAUAAUACAAAUCAUGGCAAAACAGUAUACCGGUAUAUAUAUCUGGCAUGCAUUUGUGACCAACAAUAUAUUGUUUAAAGAAAUAUGUGACUAAUACAUGAAUACUUUUUAUAAUAAAAACUCAGCCCCCCUUACUCCCUGAAUAGAUGGACACUGUAUCCCUCAAUAGAUAAUGGUCUCUUCUUCAAAUCUAGAUUUUAAUGAGCAAUCUGUCCCACAUAGGUGCAGCUAUACCCCAAAUAUUAUUCCUGUACUACCACUUUCCCACAUAGGUGCAGCUGUACCCCAAAUAUUAUUCCUAUACUACCACUGUCCCACAUAGGUGCAGCUAUACCCCAAAUAUUAUUCCUGUACCCCCCUGGCUGGGUGGGCUGUUUGUUGUGUGUAAUUCCAUUCCUCUUUCAACUUGUGAUACUGGCAUAUCAAAUAAAAUGUCAUUUUGCUUUUA